ACCCUAAGCCUACUCUACAGAGGGAUUUGAUAGUUUACAUAAGAGAUUAUGCAUAUUGAAAAAAAAGUUUCCCUUGAUACUAACAUGCUAUCAUGAGGGCAGCUCGGGGUCUGUUGUAUAUUUACAGUUUGUCACAUAAAUGCAUGUGUACACUCGUUAGUUAUCUCUGUCAAGCACCACCGCUAACUAAGCCUUUCGUGCUGCUUCCUCUGGCCCAGAUGGCCUAAGAAAUAAUCGUCGUCCUGUUGACGCUGAGGCUGGUUUUCAGUCAGUCAGAGCAAACCUGAAGAAGACCCUCUGAUGUGAUUUCAACUUGGCGCUUGUGAUCAAGGACAGACUCACUGCCCAUUCUGCCACAGUAGAUAUGCAAUUACUAUGCCACUGAGAGAAGAAUGACAUUUGUCUCAUUUUAAUUCCUGGAGCUGCUUUGGGCAGAGUUGAGACUUGAUUAAAAAGCCGCUGCUCUGAGCCAAGUUGGUCUUUUUCUCCGCCUAUUUCUUUGCACUGCCAUACCGUAGUGUGCAAACUGUUAUGGCACUGGAGGCCAACUGAGCAAAAGGGGACUCCGGCUGUACUGGAGGAUUAAAGUCUGUUGUGGGAGUGGGGACUGGACCAGGCGAUCAGGCCCACAGCGACACACAUCAUGCUGCAGGGACACUAGACUCCCUGUUUAAGCCCCUUCUGUGUGGCACUUGUUUUUUUCUUUUCCUGCAAUCUCGUCAGUUUGGAUGGUUGAGCACAAGGGCUACUUUGAAGGAGCCCACCGGUGGCUGUGGUUUGGCCAAAGCUGACAGACUUGUCCCACUUUGCUGUGGUCUUCAGUAUGGUGAGUGGUGGCUGGAGGAAUCGCUGGAGUGGAAGUGAACCAUUAGUACUGGUGUAGCUGGUUACUUUCCAUUAUUUUUAAAAAUUUUUUUUGCACUGUGAAGAAUUGCAUUCCAUUUUUUUUCCCAAGGACUUUUUUUUUCCUCUGUGCUGGAAAAACAAACACACACAUCAGUCAAGGUCAUUUUUCAGAUUUAAACCCCGGAAAGAAGUCUGCUCCAGAGGAGGAUGAAGCUAAGGAAACAGGUGACAGUGUGUGGAGGGGCCAUAUUCUGUGUGGCUGUAUUCUCACUGUAUCUGAUGUUGGAUCGUGUCCAACAUGACCCUGCGAGGCGACAGAAUGGCGGAAACUUUCCACGGAGCCAAAUCUCAGUCCUGCAGAAUCGGAUAGAGCAGCUGGAGCAGCUCCUGGAGGAAAACCACCAAAUCAUCAGCCACAUAAAGGACUCUGUGAUGGAGCUCACAGACACAGGAGCUGUGUCUCCCAGCGGCCACCUGCCAUUCAGAAGUGCCAAUGGUUCCUGGAUCCUACCAUUUGAUGGGCGCCCCACUUUCCUCGCCGUCAAACCCCAGGAUUGCCAGUUUGCUGUAGGCAGCCGUGGCCAAGUGGACGUUCAGAUGCUGGAUGUGUACUCUCUCCUGAAGUUUGACAACCCCGAUGGUGGCGUAUGGAAACAGGGCUUUGACAUUACUUAUGAGCCUGAUGAGUGGGACAAUGAACCACUCCAAGUGUUUGUCAUCCCUCACUCUCACAAUGAUCCAGGUUGGGUCAAGACUUUUGACAAGUACUUCACAGACCAGACGCAGCAUAUUUUAAACAACAUGGUCGUCAAGUUGGCUGAGGAUCCUCGCCGGAAGUUCAUCUGGUCUGAGAUUUCUUUCUUCUCCAAAUGGUGGGAGACCGCAGACAUACACAAACAGGAGGCUGUACGCAAACUGAUCCUUGGAGGGCAGCUAGAGAUUGUCACAGGAGGCUGGGUGAUGACAGAUGAAGCCAGCGCUCACUACUUUGCCAUGAUAGACCAGCUCAUCGAAGGGCAUCAGUGGCUGGAGAGAAAUCUGGGUAUAACUCCUUGCAGUGGGUGGGCGGUGGACCCUUUUGGUCACAGCGCUACCAUGCCCUAUUUGCUGAAGAAGGCCAACGUGACCAGCAUGCUCAUUCAGAGGAUUCACUACUCCAUCAAAAAGCACUUUGCCUCCACCCGCAGCCUGGAGUUUAUGUGGAGGCAGGCCUGGGACACUGGAUCAAGCACGGACAUCUUUUGCCACAUGAUGCCGUUCUACAGCUACGACGUGCCUCACACCUGUGGGCCCGAUCCGAAAAUCUGCUGCCAGUUUGACUUCAAGAGGUUACCGGGUGGUCGGAUAAACUGUCCAUGGAAAGUGCCACCGAAAACAGUGGUGGAAGCCAACGUAGCAGAGAGGGCACACCUUCUCCUGGAUCAGUACCGUAAAAAGUCCAAACUCUACCGCAGCAAGGUGCUUCUUGUCCCCCUCGGAGAUGACUUCCGCUACGACAAGGCCCUGGAGUGGGAUCAGCAGUACAUCAACUACCAGAAGCUGUUUGACUACAUGAAUUCCCACCCCGAGAUGCAUGUACAGGCUCAGUUUGGGACUCUCACAGAUUACUUCAAUGCCUUAUACAAAGCACACGGAGUGGCUCAGGGAUCCAGACCUGCUGACUACCCAGUGCUGAGUGGAGAUUUUUUUGCCUACGCCGACCGCGAAGACCACUACUGGACUGGCUAUUUCACCUCUAGGCCCUUUUACAAGAGCCUGGACCGUGUGAUCGAGUCGCACCUCAGGGGGGCAGAGAUCCUUUACAGCCUGGCGGUCGCAAACGCUCGACAUGCGGGUAUGGAAGGACGCUACCCGGUCUCAGACUAUGCACUGCUCGUGGACGCGAGGCGGUCCGUUGGCCUCUUCCAGCACCAUGACGCCAUCACUGGCACUGCGAAGGAGAAUGUUGUCAUUGACUACGGCACCAAAUUACUGCGUUCACUCAUCGGUCUGAAGAGAGUGAUCAUCAAUGCUGCUCAUUUCCUCCUGAUGAAGAACAAAGAGUUUUAUCGCUUUUACCAGACAGAGCCCUUCCUGGAGACGGACGAUCGGCGUGCUACUCAAGACUCUCUGCCUCAGCGCACUUUAAUUGAGCUGGACCCAGCAGGUCCCAGGUACCUGGUUCUGUUCAACCCCAUCGAGCAGGAGCGGCUGUGUGUGGUGACUGUGUUGGUCAACACGGUCAGGGUGCGGGUGCUUACCGAGGACGGGCAGACCCUGCCUGUGCAGCUGAGCGCUCAGUGGAGCUCUGCUACUCAAAUGAGUGCAGAGGUAUUUGAGGCAACAUUCAUGGUUCGUCUGCCGGCUCUGGGUCUGGCCGUUUUCCAUCUUUACGACUCUCCGGAUUCGCCGAUGACGCUUCGCUCCGACACCCUGCUCAGGCUGUCUGGGCGGGGCCUCACUGCCCGGGGCGCCGACCCGCUCCCUGUCCGCUCCCAGCAGUCCGACCCUCAGACCUUCUACAUCAGCAGUCAGUCCCUCACCCUCGGCUUCUCUGGAACCACCGGCCUGCUGGAGAGUAUUAAGCGCAAAGACGAUCCUCGGGAAGUGAAAGUUCAGAUGCAGUUCGUGGUCUAUGGCACUCGCCCCUCUAAAGACAAAAGUGGAGCUUACCUCUUCCUACCCGAUGGAAAAGCAAAGCCCUACAACCAGAAAGAGCCCCCUGUGGUGCGUGUUGUGGAGGGGCCGCUCUUCUCCGAGGUGGUGGCACACUACCAGCAUUUUCAGCAGACCAUCCGCAUCCACAACGUGCCAGGGGUGGAUGGGUUCUCUAUAGACAUCACCACCAUGGUGGACAUCAGAGAUCAGACCAAUAAGGAGCUGGCCAUGCGACUGGUCACUGACAUCCAGAGUGGAGACGUCUUCUUCACAGACCUCAAUGGUUUCCAGAUACAGCCUCGCCGCCACUACCUAAAGCUUCCCUUGCAGGCUAACUUCUAUCCCAUGCCCAGCCAGGCAUACAUCCAGGACAGCCAUCACCGCCUCACUCUGCACACAGCUCAGUCACUGGGUGUGAGCAGCCUGGAGAGUGGCCAGCUGGAAGUGAUCAUGGACCGGCGGUUGAUGCAGGAUGAUAACCGUGGACUGGGCCAGGGCCUGAAGGACAACAAGAAGACGGCCAACCGCUUCCGUCUGCUGCUUGAGAGGAGAUCCACCGGCAACAAGAUGACAGACAGCGCAACAACUAGCUUCCCGUCUGUACUCAGUCACAUGACCAACGCCAUCCUGAACCACGAGGUCUUGGCGCUGCCCGUCCUGCCCAAAAGACGCGGCAUCCCUCCUCUGCAGACCUUCGCGCCUCUCAAGUCCAUCCUUCCCUGCGACUUCCACCUGCUGAACCUGCGCAGCAUCCAGAGCCAGGACCCCAACUCUCCAUCUCCGUACACAGCCUUGAUUCUUCACCGUCUGGCGCUGGACUGUGGCUUUGAGGCUCAGAACCUGGGUUUCAACUGCACCACCACACAGGGACAGUUGAGCAUAUCAGGACUGUUCAAAAACCUGGACCUGCAGCUGCUCCAGCCCAUGUCCCUGACCCUGAUGCACUCGAGCACACCUCUGGCCAAUGACUCCACCAUCAGUCUGGAUCCCAUGGAGAUCUCCACCUUCAAGCUCAAAAUUCGCUAACAUCCGUCCGGACUAAACGAGGCAAUAAAAAAAGAAAAAAAAAAAAACCCAGCAGACUCCUUGGACCGAGAACCAGGCCCACGCCGGGCCACAGACUGGCAACAGAGGGGUCUGGGUCUCCCUGUUUUGACAAGCAGAACCGCAAACAACACAGCUCGGAGAGGUAGGGUCCACUGUAACAGGACUGACUGCACAGCAGGGGGCAGGCGAUAGCUGUUACUGUGGAUGUCUCAGAGAGCAGCAAGACCCCGGUGAACUCGCAGCUGUUCCAAAACAACCGAGACUGCCAGAAUUCGCUCGACAGAUAAGACCCGGUGUCUGUUCAUCUCUGCAAUCGAAAAUGAAAUCUCAUUUGGUUCUGCUUUGUAAGAACUCUGUUUUUUUCUAUUUUUGCUCCAUCCUGGACUGAACUGCUGAAUGUAAAUAUCCCAAAUGACGAGGGGUGGGGGUGGAACUUGUGCCACAUCAAGAGUGCAAUUUACAAAGCUUUAUUUGGUGUAUGGGUCUUUAAUUAUUAUUAUUUUCUUUAUGUUCGCAGUGAAGAAGACACAUCACAUUGGGUUUUGGGGUUUUUUUUUGGGGUUUUUUUUUUUUGUAUCUGUGAAUCUAAGGUUGACUGCAGUUAAAUUGUUCUUUUUGCCGACAGACUCGAAUGCAGCAAAGAGAAUGUGUGGUCUCUCCAUCUCAGCUUGCCAGGAGACCCGAGCUGCGGCUCUUUAAGCUUUCGUACGUCUGAGUCCAAGAGUUCCACGUCGGCCACUGCGCGAUAACUAUGUGAUCAUUAAUCAUAUCGGAUGACUGUUUACCUUCUGUCCGCUGUUUUUUGCUUGUAGAUAGUCCACAGACCUUCUUUCCCUCUCUUCUUUCUUUCCCCUCCCUGAGCUUCCUCUUCGCUGGUGAGAAAACUAUAGAAGGUCUGUGCGUUUCAAAGCCCCUGUCUGUCAUUCCUGUGCUAUACCUCAUAUAUACCACAAUGCAGAUAUAUCAGUAUGUGUGUCUGCAGAGUAUGCUGACGUGACUAUUUGUUUUUUUUUUUUCUUUUGGGAGGGAUGGGUGUACACUAUCAGGGACUAUUCAUACUAAUGUUAGGCAUCAUUGAUGAGUCUGGGUGUCCGUGUCGAGCAGUGGGUCACAUCAUAGCAGAAAAAAAAAAGGAGGCUUUAUCUUGAAGUACUAGACUUAAAGUAAAGGGCCAGUUCAACCAAAUUGCAAAAUCUCAUGCGAUAUCUGCUCAUACAGGUAGUUUUGGUUUUGAGAAAUUUGUUUAUUAAUGAUUAUUUUCAUAAUUAAUUUUUCAGUCUUCAAAAUGUCAGGAAAGACACGACUGUGAAUGAAAUGAUCUGUGAAAUUGUGGUUGGUUUAAUUUUCUUUUGAUCAUUUGAACACAAUAUCUGUCACUGUUUCUCCCACCACAAUACAAAGAGAAUGGAAUUUCAUAUUUUUUGCUCAAUGGAUUGAAAAUUCUUUUUUCAUUUAAUUUCAUUUUUAAAAAAAAAAUGUGACAGCGACUAGUAUUUCCAGAAAAAGUGUCCCUGUCACUCUGAAUAAUCCACAGACCUCGCUGUGAAGAGAUUUCACUGCGACUACUUUCUUCUCAGGAAGAAGUGCAGUGUCCCACAUACAUACCUCACACUAACUCUAAGCAGGUUUUGAGUAUGUGGUGUAUUCACGCUGGAACAGAGACCAAAUUAAGGAUUUUCAAAACAAAGAGGACAAUGCAAUACACUUAAGAAACUGAAGGAGCGUCUCAAAGCUGCACAAAAUUAAUUGUGGUGAAAUGGCCCGAGGAUGAAAUUUAAAAAUAUUUUUGGGAGAAAUAUUUUGCUUCCUAUUUCAAAUCCGUAACUGCCAGUGUCAUUCUGAAGUAGCUGGUUGAUUGUCUUUGCAGGGUGUUCGGAGUACAAGUUCUGAGUAGUAAAAGUUUCUGAGAAAAAUGUAAAAAUACAUUAAAUAUAUAUAUAUAUAUAUAUAUAUAUAUAUAUAUAUUUUACAAAUAUUCGUGUUUCAGACAUGGAUUUCUCAAAACCUCAGAAUUGUCUGCAUGGCUGCAUCAUUCCAGUAGUGGAAAGAAAGAAAUUGUUUUUUUGGUUUUUCUAUGUGCCCUUUUUGUGAACUGGCCCUUUAAAAAUAAGUUUGAUUGGAUUUUUUUUUCCUUUUUUUGGGAAUAAAUUUCAGCUCCACAGUGCUUCUUAUUCCGAGGCUGUCUCCAGUACACUUAGCCUUGUCUGGUGCGUCUCUGCCUCCACAGCAGUAGCCGUGGAGGAUAUUGUCAUCUGUGUCCAAAGCUGAGGCUGGACAUUUCUCACAGCCCACCUGUGUCACUCUUUGUACUGUGCCGCCAUCUCACCCUUCCCCACUGUGUCCCAUCGCUUUACCCGGUCAUCUUCUUCAUUUUCCACGGGAGGCCUGCAGCUUUGUAGCUCUCCUCCUCUGGCUUGAUGUCUGGUCUGCCACAUGGUUCAAUACAUCCUGCCCCCCUCACUGUGAGCACUGCAGAGCCCCCCCACACUGCUCGAGUUAACAUUUCUGUCAGACCAGACUUCACUGCAUCUCGACUCGCACUUUCUCCUGUUGUCUUAUAACCUUAUCAUAACCUUCUCUCCUGCUGUUUCGCUGUGCGUCUGAGUCUCUAUAUAAAUGUCUAUUUCUUUCUUUUUUUUUUUUUUUAAAGAUGUAAUAUCUGUUGUAGCGCUGUUUUCGUUUGUUCAGAGGUAAUAUAUGACGGCAAAGUCUCUUCUGUAUUUGUUUAUUCAUGAUGGAUUAAAGCUGCAGUAGAACUGCAGAAGAGAUGGGGAGUGAAUAAAAAUCAAAACACAA